UAUAAAAUUUUCUCACAUAACUUACCGUUUAGCAGUUUAAAAAGCGAGCCAUGAAUUUCUGAGCAGAGAAUGAACCUUCACCCAUAGGAGAGCGCGACAGUAGCAGCAGUGGACACGUCGAUUUCGCAAUUCGUGUCCUCCAAAUCCAAAUUGGUCGGGGGAGAGGAGCACGCGAACGCCUUCCUCCUCCCCCUCCCGCUCGAUCCGCUCCACCCAAUUCGCACGCAACGACAUGAUGCUGCCGCCGACGCCGACGCCGCCGCCGCACCUCCCCCUCGCCGCCUCCACGGCCGUUAGCUUCACCCCGCGCGCCGCCGCCCAGCGCGGCCGCGGCCGCCGAUCGAAGCCCAAGCCCAAGCCCGUCGCGUUCCCGCCGCCGCCGCUGCGCCGCCUCGUCUCGUCCUCCCUCCGCCGCCUCCUCCCGCGGCCGCGCCCCCUCACCGUCCUCUUCCUCGGCGGCGGCGGCGGCGGUGGGGGAUGGUUCGGGAUGGGGGGAAGGGGGAGGAGGAGGGCAACACCGGCGGAAGAGCUCGCGGCGCUGGCGCUCUCCCUGGCGCUCGGCGACAAGCUGGCCGUCCUCGCCGACUACUGGAACGCGUCGGGCCUCGGCGAGGCGCUCGGCGUGUGGGCGGCGGUGUGGAGGAGAGGAGGAGGGAGGAGGAGGCGAGGCGGCGGGCUCCGGCGGCUCGCGGCGCUGCUGCUCGGGAUCGCCUUCUGCGCCCUCGUCUGCCAUUUGAGGGGCGCCGCGCUCGUCGACGGCCUCGCGAGGACGGCCGGUGGCCGGAAACUAGCGCGGAUUUUCCUGCAUUGAUUUUUUUGUUGAUUGAUUGAUUGAUUUGUUGUUUCGAAUUCGUGAGACGAGUGUUUUGCCCUGAAUUGGGGAAUUGCGGCGUCAGAGUUGUAGGUUUCCUCUUGUGGAUGGGGUAGUGUUCUUGGAAUAUUGAUUCAAUUCAACUGUGAUAUGAUGAUCGCAUUGCUGAAUGGAAGAUAGAAAACGAGAGAUGUUGGAAUACUAGUAUACUUCGUAGAGAUUCAAUUCAAUUUUUGAUAUAUCUGUUUUUUAUCGCAAUUCGGUUUUAGUUUCCUUAUACUCAGGUUUGGUCGAUUUCUAGUUGAAAAUAAUUCUAGUUUCCUUAUACUCAGGUUUGAUCAAUUCCUAUUAAAAAAUUGAGCCCUACUGUGUUCCCUUGUGUUUGUGAUUUCA